GACACCCGAGUCACCAUGCGGGUCCUGGUCCUGUGCCUGGUGCUGGCCCUGGAGGGGUCUGGUGCGGCGCCCCCUGUCCAGUCUCGGGUCGUAGGGGGCAAGGAGUGUGACAGUCAUUCCCAACCCUGGCAGGCGGCUGUCUACCAUUAUAGCACCUUCGAGUGUGGGGGUGUCCUGGUGCACCCCCAGUGGGUGCUCACGGCUGCCCACUGCAUGAAUGACCAUUUCCAGGUCUGGCUGGGGCGCCACAACCUUCUGGAGGAUGAAAGCACGGUCCAGUUUUUUACUGUCACUAAGAGCUUCCCACACCCUAAAUUCAACAUGAGCCUUCUACAAAACACGUUUAUCUCCCCGGAAGACGACCUCAGCCAUGACCUCCUGAUGCUCCGUCUGUCACAGCCCGCCCAGCUCACAGACGCAGUGAAAGUCCUGGACCUGCCCACCAAGGAGCCCCGCGUGGGCAGCGCCUGCAAGGCCUCCGGCUGGGGCACCAUCAAGCCUGACAGCUAUUUCUACCCAGACACUCUGCAGUGUGUGGACCUGAAGCUCCUGUCCAUAGACAUCUGCAAAAAUGCCCACAAACAGAAGGUGACAGACACCAUGCUGUGUGUGGGGGACAUGGCCGGCGUCAAGGACACCUGUAGGGGUGACUCCGGGGGCCCUCUGAUCUGUGACGGUGAGCUUCAAGGAGUCACAUCCUGGGGCCACUUUCCGUGCGGGAAACCCAAAGUACCCAGCAUCUAUACCAAAGUGAUCGACUACAUACCGUGGAUCAAGAAGAUCAUGGCAGACAAUCCCUGAGGCCUCCCACCCCCGGCCUGUCCCUGUACCCCGCCUCCCCAAGAAAUCGAGUACGCUUCAA